CUGGGUGCGUUCGUGUUGACGCGCAUUCUACUCCAGACCUGCGUUUUUCGCAGAUCUUCAAAUCACAGUUUUCAUGGAGUUUAUGUGGCUUAUGAGUUGUAGAGCGGCGGAUCUGCGCAUCGUCCCAAGAAACAUAGAAAGAAGAGACGCCGAGUAACUCCUGGAACAAAAACUAUUAGCGCUGUCAACUAAGGGAAAAAACUACAACUUUGCUGGCUCAAUAGCUGGCUUAGUGAGCCUGUAUCGCUCUAUAUCGCUUCAGUCAUUUUAUCCACUAUGGAGCCCGUCUCGGAGCCGUUACGGUGCUUUAGUGACUCCCAUCAGUCGGAGCUGUUUAAGGAUGACGGAGUCCAGACGGUCACUUCAAUAGAGCAGAGAAAAGUCGAACGCAGUAUUCAAGACGUACUCAAUGUUUACCAGCAAAUACACAACUUACCACAGCCAACCCUACUAAGAGAGCAACACUACCAAUAUCUCAAGAAAGGUUUACGCCAUCUUUCAGAUGCAUAUGAGUGUUUGGAUGCCAGUCGGCCUUGGCUCUGUUACUGGAUCCUGCACAGUCUGGAGCUGCUGGAGGAGCCUGUACCUGCUGCUGUGGCAUCAGAUGUGUGUCAGUUCUUGGCUCGGUGUCAGAGCCCAACGGGCGGCUUCGCUGGAGGUCCGGGACAGCACGCUCACCUGGCCCCCACCUACGCUGCUGUAAAUGCCCUGUGCAUCCUGGGUACAGAGGAGGCCUACAGUGUCAUAAACAGAGAGAAGCUCCUGGACUUCCUGUACUCCGUUAAGCAGCCAGAUGGCUCCUUUGUGAUGCAUGUGGGUGGGGAGGUGGAUGUCAGGAGUGCAUACUGUGCUGCAUCUGUGGCUUCACUCACAAACAUCGUCACCCCAAUGCUGUUUGAGGGAACCCACAACUGGAUCCUCAGCUGUCAGAAUUGGGAGGGUGGUUUGGGUGGGAUGCCCGGCCUGGAGGCCCAUGGUGGAUACACCUUCUGUGGCACAGCAGCUCUGGUUAUCCUGGGAAAGGAACACAUGCUGGACCUCAAAGCUUUAUUACGCUGGGUCACCAGCAGGCAGAUGCGCUUUGAGGGCGGAUUCCAGGGACGCUGUAAUAAACUAGUGGAUGGCUGUUACUCUUUCUGGCAAGCUGGUCUUCUGCCGCUGCUCCACAGAGCUCUCUUCAAAGACGGUGACGUGACGUUGAGUCUGAGCAGCUGGAUGUUUGAGCAGCAGGCUCUGCAGGAGUACAUCCUGCUCUGCUGUCAGAACCCUGCAGGAGGCUUACUGGACAAACCGGGCAAGUCCAGGGACUUUUACCACACCUGCUACUGUCUGAGUGGACUCUCAGUAGCACAGCACUUUGGAAACAAAGAUCUCCACCAUGAGCUGGUCCUUGGCAAAGAGGAGAACAGACUGGCACCAACUCACCCCGUGUACAACAUCUGCCCAGAGAAGGUCGCUCAAGCCAUCCAGCAUUUCCAUCAGCUGCCAAUACCAGCACAGAAGGGUGCUACAGCAUGUGCCAAGGACCAGUCUUAGUCUUUUUUUUCUUUUCUUUUUUCCUUUUCUUAAGGGAUGUUGAAGUCAGUUAUCUGGGCUACAAGCAGGAACCUUGUGUGUAAUGCUGUAGUCAUUAUCUGUGCUGGUAAUAAUUGCACAAGACUCCAAGGGGCUGAGUUACUAAAGCUGUUAGCAUGUGCAAACGACUUCUGCCCUGUCAAAAUCAGUAUUGUGGUCACUCCUAAAAGCAAGUUUUCUUUUUCAUACGCCAGUCCUUGGGUGAAUUCUUGAUAUUGCACAUGACUAGCCUUUUUAACUCGUUUUAAGGUUUUAGUAAUGUUGCCCCAAGUGUAAAUGGCGGUAAGCCUGGGCUGAUCAAAUAAAGGCUUGAACAGCUUUUGCUUCACUUUUCUGAA